AUCAUAUAGCUUUAAGCUUGGCCGAUUGCCUAUAUCAGGGUAAUUCUAAUUAAUUGUCCGGAAAAUCCGCGAAAAAGAAAGACUGACAAAUGUAAUAGACCCGUGUAAUCUAUCGAAGAUAGUUGGAGUUACUUAAGAAAUAUUGUGCUAGAAUCGCUUGAACUCACUGAGUUCACUGAACACCAUUCAAUUCAACGCAUAUAUUAUGAGUAACCCACUUUCACUGUUAUCAAUGAAAUGUUCAACUAUAUUUGUCCUUAUCAGCUGAAGAAGAUUCGCAACACUGAGGUUCUCUACAUUCGCGGUCAAAGCUUUCGUUGCACCGUUGCAGUUGCAUUUCUCAUCUUGACCAAGACAGAAGUCGUUACAAAGGCGAUCCAUCAUGCUGUUGCUUCUACUCGUCCUGGUGUUCAUCACCUUGGCUUAUCUUUUGUUGCACCACCACUACCGGUACUGGAAACGCCGCGGUAUUCCACAACGGAGUCCAUCGUUCGCCUUCGGAGAUUUCGGUCCGGUUCUGCGAGGUCGCGCCAAAUUCGUCAACCACCUGCAGGAUGUCUACGAGCGAACGAAAAAGGACCACCCACUGCUGGGCCUGUACAUCCUAUUCCGCCCGGCUCUGCUGGUGAACGACUUCGUUGUGGCGCGAGACAUCUUGUCCAGGGACUUUCACCACUUUGCCGAUAGGGGCAUCUAUGUGGACGAGAAGCGGGAUCCUUUCAGCGGUCACCUGUUUGCACUGGAUGGGGAACGGUGGCAUCAGGUGCGACAUCAAAUAGCUCCCGCUUUUACGCCGUUGAAACUGAAGGAAAUCUUCCUGACGCAGCUGGCUGGUGGAUUGAAGCUCCAGGACCAUAUAAAACAGUACGCAGACGGUGGGGAGUCGGUGGACAUGGCCAGUUUGUUUCUGAGGUAUUCGGUUGACAUGAUUGCUUCGGUGGCGUUCGGAAUGGAGUUAGAUUCCGUGAACCACCUGGAGGAACAAUUCUACAGGGUAGCCUGCAGCACUGUGGAAUCCAGCGCCAAGAAUGUACUUCGGUGGACGGGCGGAUUUUUGGUUCCAAGCGUUCUGAAAUACACCCGGACUCGACUGGUAGAUCAGAUUGUACAGGACUUUUUCAUGGAUGUUGUUCGUCAGACCGUAGAGUUUCGAGAAAACACCGGUUUUUCACGAAGAGAUGUCCUUCAGUCGUUGCUUAAAAUCGUAAACAACGAAAACCAUGAUGACUCCCAGAAGUUCACCAUGACCGAUUUGGCAGUCACGGUCUUUACAUUUCUCUUGGCCGGAAUGGAAACUAGCUCUUCAUCGGCUGCCUUCUGUCUUUAUGAACUUGCCAAAAAUAAGGAUAUUCAACGCCGGCUUCAACAGGAAAUCGACGAAUCUCUCCAUCUUCAUAACGGUUCCAUCACUUACGACAGUCUGCUCAGUAUGAAAUACCUGGACAACUGCGUAAACGAAACCAUGCGCAAAUUUCCAGCCCUCGCAUACCUCCAUCGAAUUUGCACCGAAGACUACUUGGUCCCGAGCUCCCAGGUCACCAUCAAGAAAGGAACCCUCGUCCUUAUUCCAAUCUACGCCCUCCAGCGAGAUCCGGAGUUCUUCCCGCAUCCAAACGCAUUCAUCCCUGAACGCUUCAACGAUCCGGACGACAUCCGUCGGACGCCUUACUUCCCCUUCGGCGAAGGACCCCGUUCCUGCAUCGGACAACGGAUGGGCAAAAUGAACGUCAAGAUAGCGCUGGUUCAUCUACUCUCGAUGUUCAACUUUACCCUAUCGGACCCCGAGGACCAGCAUCGAGAGGCGCCGAUCGAUCCCAUGCAUUUCACCAUCUCUCCGCAGGGAAGUUUCAACAUGAACGUUAGAUAUAGGGGUCGGAGCGAUUGAAUAACGCAAGAAGUGUCCGAUAAGUCGAUCACCGCAUCAGAAUAAAGGAGCUGUUCUUUAAUUACUUAAUUGUUUAGAGCGAAAUAAAGGAAUGUCAUUGCUGUAUACUGUAUAUGGACUAUAACUUGCUUUAAC